AGUAAGGACAGAAGUACAAAAUAUUACGACUCUAUAGAUAAUUCAACAUAGUGGUGAAUAUACAAAAAUUGUAAACAACCAAGUGCUGCACAUGUGUUAAAAUCAACAAACAAUAAAUAAAAAGGAAUCAUUGUAAACCAAUGGCUGAAGAAGUCUUUCAACCUGUACAAACUCGUGCCUCAUUAGCCUAUGCUAAAAGAAAUAAAUGUAAUGAAUUUAAAGCAUUGCAUUUUAUUGAACCAAAAACUAGUGCCAGUACUUCAGCAAGAGAUGGUAUUGACCAACAAAAUGCUGCCGAAAAUAUUCAUAAAUUUAAAACAGAAAAGCAAAAUGAAAAUAAAAUUAAAGACAAGAAUGAAUUUGAUAUUAAAACGGCGAGACAUGAAGUUUUAAAAUUUGCAAUGAAUAACCAACGAGUAAUCAAAAAUCAAAAAAAAAUGUUAGUUUUUCAAGCAGUUAAACUAGGUGCCAAACCUCCCAAGAAAGCAUAUAAAAAUUAUAAGGAAUUAAAAGAUGAACGGAAGAGACUUAAAGAUAUUAGAGAGCAAAGAAAAAAGUUCCAUCAAUUGGGAAAGAACCAAACCGGCGCUGCUUCAGUGAAAUGUCGCAGUAAAACGAAAUUGGAUAAACUAAAAAAGAAACGGGCCCCAGUUUCAAGAAUAGAUCAAAAUUAUGGUGUUGUUAAAUCAAAAAAGAAAUAAGAAUAAUAUUACCUACAUAUAUAAUUAAUUAGUAAUGAA